UCUUCUCAUAACUUUCAUCGUCUCCCUCUCCUCCCUCAUCGUCUCAUUCCCUUCAUCGAAUUCAUCAACCCUUCAACAAACGCUUUCCAUGUUGCCAAAACUAUCCAAAUGCUUCAGCUUUACCGCCUCGCGGGACUGGGUCUACCGCCACCUCUUCGCCUCCGCGGGGCUCCGCUCCGUGGCGACGGAGCUCGGCGAGGGGACCACCAUGCACUGCUGGGUGCCCAAGCUGCAGAAGCCAUGCAAGCCCAGCCUCGUUCUGGUGCACGGCUUCGGCGCCAACGCCAUGUGGCAAUACGGGGAACACGUGCGGCAGUUCAUGGGCCACUUCAACGUGUACGUGCCGGACCUAGUGUUCUUCGGGGAGUCCUUCACGUCGCGGAGUGACAGGAGCGAGUCGUUCCAGGCGGAGUGCUUGGUGAAGAUGAUGGAGGCCCAUGGGGUGCAGCGAAUGAGCCUGGUGGGGAUCAGCUACGGUGGGUUUGUAGGGUACAGUGUGGGUGUUCAGUUCCCUGAGGUUGUGGAGAAGCUUGUGCUGUGCUGUGCUGGGGUGUGUUUGGAGGAGGUUGAUAUGCAGAAUGGCUUGUUUAGGGUUUCCACUUUGGACGAAGCUUCAAACAUCUUGUUGCCACAGACACCAGAUAAGCUCAGGGAGUUGAUGAAGCUCUCCUUUGUUAGACCCGCCAGGGGAGUCCCUACUUGGUUCCUUCAAGAUUUCAUUCAAGUGAUGUGUACAGACUACAUUGAAGAAAAGAGAGAAUUGCUUGAGGCCAUACUGAAAGGCAGGAAACUUUCCGAUCUUCCUAAGAUCCAACUGCCUACUCUAAUUUUAUGGGGAGAGCAAGAUCAGGUAUUCCCUCUGGAGUUAGCACACAGAUUAAAAAGGCAUAUAGGGGAAAAUGCUCAAAUGGCAAUCAUCAAGAACGCAGGGCAUGCAGUGAACCUAGAAAAGCCAAAAGAGUUUGCCAAGCACUUAAAAGCAUUCCUUAUUGAUACAGGUACUACAAAGUCCUGUCCCACAUCGCCGCUUUCUUCUCGGGAGAAUAUCCAUUUUUAACUUUGUAUCAAUUAGCAGCUAGAUCAAACUUCCUUGCCUGAGAUUUCUGCUUCCUACAGAUCUAAUUUUCCAUACAUUCCGGCAGGAUUACUCUCUUUUUUUCGUUUUUUUUUGGGAGGGGGAAAGGGGGAUCAUUUAUUUUUAAUCUGUUGAUUUAAU